UGGAGUGAAGUAUCGAACGCUAGUCAAAACUCUCAGGUCAUAACGAAAGGACUGACAUCAUUCGUGUUCUUAUGUUGUGACGAUCGGUUCGAUUGCAAGUUUGACCUUUAGACGACAAAAAACAGCGAGGAUAAUUUAUUCCAGGUUGAAAUUGAUUUUUGCGGGUUGUAUAAAAAUGUCUUCAGCUUUGGAUUUCUACCGCGUCGGCGAUGCAGUCUGCGACGAAAUUCUCGGUCUUCUGGAAAUGACCGCCAAUGAAACGCUGAAGAAACAGGACGUGUUUCGAGUUGGAGUGUCAGGAGGUUCAAUCGCAAAUAUCUUAUCGGAGGGUAUGUACGAUUUGCGCUCGGACUUCAGUAAAUGGCAAAUUUUCCUCUGCGACGAGCGCAUCGUCCCGGAAGAUGACAAAGAAUCGACAUACGGCGUCUACAAACGGGACCUGUUGGACUGUCAUCCGGAGUUUCCCAAAUCGGCUUUCUUUCCGGUUAACUGUAGUUUAAGCCCGCAGGAAGCAGCCACGGACUAUGAAAAAACCAUUCGCAAGGCGUUUGGCUUGGAGAAUUCAAAAGACAUUCCAUCGUUCGAUUUGUUGAUUCUGGGAAUCGGACCAGAUGGCCACACAGCUUCGCUCUUUCCCGGCCACCCAUUGUUGGACGAAAAGGUAAAACUGAUUGCACCGAUCGAGAAUUCCCCGAAACCACCGCCGAAGCGGGUGACCAUGACAUACCCAUUGAUCAACAGUGCGAAGGUUUGCCUGUUUGGUUCGCAGGGUGAGUCCAAGGCGGACAUACUGAAGAGCAUUCUCGUCGACAAGGAUCAGUCUCUUCCGGUGACCAGAGUAGAUCCCAAAAAUGGGCGCUUGAUAUUCGUGGCGUGCGAUGGAGCUGCCAGCAAAAUUGACGGCAAUCCAAGUCGUAAGGCAAAGGCCUAAAAAGCGGAACGUAAUUGCAUUUAUCGGUUUUUAAAGUGCCUCGAGCUAUCAGUGGAAGCGUUAUUUUUAAGUACACAAUCAGUAACACGUAAGAAGUCUUUUGAUAAAAAAUAAAUUUUAUAUGUUUUAUGACCUAACAGAAA